AUGGAGGAGCUCACCGCCUUCGUCUCCAAAUCUUUCGACCAGAAAGCCAAGGAGAACGGCGGCGCAGGAGGCGGCGGCGGCGGCGGCGUGGGCGCCAAGAAAGAUUCGAUCACGUACCGGGAAGUUUUGGAGAGCGGACUGGCCCGCUCCCGCGAGCUGGGCAUCUCGGAGCCGAACCUGCCGGACCUCGCCGAGGGCGGCGGCCACUGCCCGGUGCUUUUGUUCAAAGACCACGUGGACAGCGACAAGGACAAGCUCAAAGAGUUUGGCACGGGGAGGGUGGCCGAAGGCCUUUACGACUGCAAGGAGAAACCGCCGCGCGACGACGUCAAGUCCGAGGACGAGGACGGACAGACCAAAUUGAAGCAGCGGCGCAGCCGCACCAACUUCACGCUGGAGCAGCUCAACGAGCUGGAGCGGCUCUUCGACGAGACACACUACCCCGACGCCUUCAUGCGGGAGGAGCUCAGCCAGCGGCUGGGGCUGUCGGAGGCGCGGGUGCAGGUUUGGUUCCAGAACCGAAGGGCCAAGUGUCGAAAGCAGGAGAAUCAGAUGCACAAAGGAGUUAUUCUGGGCACCGCCAGCCACCUGGACGCGUGCCGAGUGGCCCCGUACGUGAACAUGGGGGCCUUGCGGAUGCCUUUCCAACAGGUCCAGGCCCAGCUGCAGCUGGAGGGCGUGGCGCACGCCCACCCACACCUCCACCCGCACCUGGCGGCGCACGCGCCCUACCUGAUGUUCCCGCCGCCCCCCUUCGGGCUGCCCAUCGCCUCGCUGGCCGAGUCCGCGUCGGCCGCCGCCGUAGUGGCCGCGGCGGCCAAGAGCAACAGUAAGAACUCCAGCAUCGCCGACCUGCGGCUCAAGGCGCGCAAGCACGCCGAGGCGCUGGGACUCUGACC